CUGCUCGCACUCGGGCCUCAGGCUUGGUGGAGCUGGGCACCGGGGUGUUGGUGGCAGUGUGGAGGGGCCCCCCACUGCCCCAUCAUGGCUUCUGGUCUCACCAUGCUCUUCCUUGGGUGCUGGCUGACCGGGUGGAGCAGGGUGUCCGGAGGGGGAACCGACCCAACCCAGCCUGAACAGACAUCAGUGCCCAUGUGCCUGGGCAGCGCGCGGCCAGAGGGAACUAACCUGACCCAGCCUGGCCAGAUGUCAACUUCCACCCACCCGAGCAGCACAGAGCCAGGCAAAUCAGAAUCAAUGACGACAAAACCCCCAGGUCAGUCUAGCCCCACCAUCGCCGGGGUGAGAGCAGCAGUCAUCAUCCUUCUCCUCCUCCUCCUCCUCCUCGUGGCCUUCGUCUGCUUCAGAAAAAUCCGAGUCAGAAGAGGAUCUGCACUGAGACCGAACAGCACCAACCCUAUGGUGGCAUUAAAGGCACCGGCUCAGCAAGACCCCAUCUACACCUCCAUCGACAAAGGGAAACAGCCGCAGACCCCGCCCCAGGAGCCUGACUCCGGUGCCGACGGACUCACCUACGCCGAGCUGGACGGCCGGGCGCUGCAGGCCAAGCGAGGGGGCCUGGCCCCUGCCCCCGAGCCCGCCCAGACUAGCUUGUACGCUGUGAUCAAUGUGAGCCAGGGGACCCUGCAGUGAGAGCCCCCCGCAGCCAUGGGGUGCCAGCCCCCAGAGAGCGCCAGACUCACCCCCCAUGCAGGACAUUGCCCUCCCGCCGCUGCAGCCCCAUUCCAUGGAGCUGCUGUCCCCCUGCCCUGCCCAGACCCACAUGCAGAGGCCGGUGUGGGGGGCUCAGCACCAGGAGGGGAUGCGCCAAGGUGGCUGUUUAUUUUAUUGUGCAUCCUAUUAAUCUGCAGAUUUGUAAUAAACACAGAAC